GCUCGGAGCUGUUGACGAACACACGAUCAAUGUCUCAAAGGUUGAGUUGAUGUUUCAGCGCUCUGCAGGACACUGACCUGAGUUCAGCUCACACUGCUCACAUUUAUGUGACUGAACACACACGUCUGUGUCUACCUGCUCAGAAUGAGGGCUGCUCAUUGGCUGUUGGUUGUGACGUUCCUGCCGCUCGUCUCCCCCACCGUUCAUCACGAUAUCUGCAAUGCCAAACCCAAAGACCUCGCCCUGGAGCCGCGCUGCAUCUACCGCAGCCCCGACCCCGAUGGCCCCGAGGACCCGACCCUGACGCCCGAGCAAGUCCCUGAGUCCACCAAUCCCCGAGUGUGGGAGCUGUCCAAGGCCAACAGUCGUUUCGCCCUGUCACUGCACAAACAGCUGGCUCUCAGCAAGACCCCCACCUCCAACAUCUUCAUGUCCCCCAUCAGCAUCUCCACUGCCUUCGCCAUGACCAAACUGGGAGCCUGCAACGAGACGCUGCGGCAGAUUAUGGAGGUGUUUGAGUUCGACACCAUCAAAGAGAAGACGUCGGAUCAAGUCCACUUCUUCUUCGCCAAACUCAACUGUCGUCUGUACAGGAAGAAGGACGAGACCACGGAGCUGAUCUCCGCCAACCGACUGUUCGGAGACAAGUCUCUUAUUUUUAAUGAGACGUACCAGAACAUCAGCGAGACAGUGUAUGGCGCCAAACUGCUGCCUCUCAACUUCAAGGAGAACCCGGAAAAGGCCCGCAUGACCAUCAACAACUGGAUCUCAAACAAGACGGAGAACCUGAUCCAGGACACGCUGCCUGCAGGGGCGCUGGACUCCAACACUGUCCUGGUCCUUGUCAACACCAUCUACUUCAAGGGUCAGUGGAAGAGCAAAUUCGACAAAGACAACGCGUACGUGUCAGACUUCCAGGUCAGUGACAGUCGGACCUGCUCGGUCACCAUGAUGUACCAGGAGACCAAGUUCAGAUACAGGCACUUCCCCAACGACCAGGUGCAGCUGCUGGAGAUGCCAUACCGUGGAGAUGACAUCACCAUGGUGAUAAUCCUACCGAGUAAAGAAACCACACUCAGAAAGGUGGAGGAGAGUCUGACGUUGGACAAACUGACCGGUUGGUUUGAUGAGAUGACGGAGACCACUGUGGCCGUCAACAUCCCUCGCUUCAGGGUGGAGGACAGUUUCAGUGUGAAGGAGAAGCUUCAGGCCAUGGGACUGACCGACCUGUUCACCUCGGAGAAGGCCAGUCUGCCAGGCAUGUUGGAGGACGGCAGUGAUGGUCUCCACAUCUCAGACGCCUUCCAUAAAGCCUUUCUGGAGGUCAACGAGGAGGGCAGUGAGGCGGCAGCAGCCACCGCCGUGGUGGCCAUCGGACGCUCCAUGAACUUAGACCGGGAGAUUUUUCUGGCCGACAGACCGUUUCUGUUGCUCAUCAGAGAGUCAACCAUCAACGCCAUGCUGUUCACCGCCCGAGUGGCCGACCCCUGUAACCAAUAAAAACUGUCCGGAGCCCUGCUUCAACAGCAAAUUCAGAAAAUAGCUAAAAGUUAAAUCCACGUUUUUUUUUUCCUUUU